AUGUCCUGCCUCUCUAGUAGGACUGUGAGUCACUUCUGUUGCUUUCUCUUCUCCAGGGACUUCCUUCCACGCGGAUCAGGAAUUGUCACCCGGAGGCCUCUCAUUCUGCAGCUCAUCUUUUCCAAAACAGAAUAUGCGGAGUUUUUGCACUGCAAGUCCAAAAAGUUUACAGACUUUGAUGAAGUCCGGCAAGAGAUCGAAGCAGAGACCGACCGGGUAACGGGGACCAACAAAGGCAUCUCCCCGGUGCCCAUCAACCUACGGGUCUAUUCACCACAUGUGUUGAACUUGACCCUCAUCGACCUCCCAGGAAUCACUAAGGUGCCAGUGGGGGACCAGCCGCCAGACAUCGAGUACCAGAUCAAGGAUAUGAUCCUGCAGUUUAUCAGCCGAGAGAGCAGCCUCAUUCUUGCUGUCACACCUGCCAACAUGGACUUGGCCAACUCAGACGCCCUCAAGCUGGCCAAGGAGGUGGACCCCCAAGGGCUGCGGACCAUUGGUGUCAUCACCAAGCUGGACCUGAUGGAUGAAGGCACAGAUGCCAGAGAUGUCCUGGAAAACAAGCUACUGCCCUUGAGAAGAGGCUACAUUGGUGUGGUUAACCGCAGCCAAAAAGACAUCGAGGGCAAAAAGGACAUCCGGGCCGCCCUGGCAGCUGAGAGGAAGUUCUUCCUCUCUCACCCAGCCUACCGGCACAUGGCUGACCGAAUGGGUACCCCACACUUACAGAAGACCCUGAAUCAGCAACUGACCAACCACAUCCGGGAGUCACUGCCAACCCUGCGCAGCAAACUACAGAGCCAGCUGCUGUCCCUGGAGAAGGAAGUGGAAGAAUACAAGAAUUUCCGCCCCGAUGACCCCACACGCAAGACCAAAGCCCUGCUGCAGAUGGUCCAGCAGUUUGGAGUGGACUUUGAGAAGCGAAUCGAGGGCUCUGGAGACCAAGUGGACACACUGGAGCUGUCUGGGGGGGCCCGAAUCAAUCGCAUCUUUCAUGAACGCUUUCCCUUUGAACUGGUAAAGAUGGAGUUUGAUGAGAAAGAUCUACGACGAGAGAUCAGCUACGCUAUCAAGAACAUCCACGGAGUCAGGACGGGGCUCUUCACCCCCGACAUGGCCUUUGAAGCCAUCGUGAAAAGACAGAUUGUAAAAUUCAAAGAGCCGAGUUUGAAGUGUGUUGACCUGGUGGUGUCGGAGCUAGCCACGGUCAUUAAAAAGUGUGCUGAGAAGCUCAGUUCCUACCCCCGGUUACGAGAGGAGACAGAGCGGAUCGUCACCACCUACAUCAGGGAGCGAGAGGGGAGAACCAAGGACCAGAUUCUUCUUCUGAUUGACAUUGAGCAGUCCUACAUCAACACAAACCAUGAAGACUUCAUUGGAUUUGCCAAUGCCCAGCAGAGGAGCACGCAGCUCAACAAGAAGAGAGCCAUUCCCAAUCAGGGGGAGAUCCUGGUGAUCCGAAGGGGCUGGCUGACCAUCAACAACAUCAGUUUGAUGAAGGGCGGCUCCAAGGAGUACUGGUUUGUGCUGACGGCUGAGUCCCUGUCUUGGUACAAGGACGAGGAGGAGAAAGAGAAGAAGUACAUGCUGCCGCUGGACAACCUCAAGAUUCGGGACGUGGAGAAGGGCUUCAUGUCCAACAAGCACGUGUUUGCCAUCUUCAACACAGAGCAGAGGAAUGUCUACAAGGACUUACGGCAGAUCGAACUGGCUUGUGACUCCCAGGAAGAUGUGGACAGCUGGAAGGCUUCGUUCCUUCGAGCUGGAGUCUACCCAGAGAAGGAUCAGGCAGAGAAUGAGGAUGGAGCACAAGAGAACACCUUUUCCAUGGACCCGCAGCUGGAACGGCAGGUGGAGACCAUCCGAAAUCUGGUGGACUCCUACGUGGCCAUCAUCAACAAGUCCAUCCGUGACCUCAUGCCAAAGACCAUCAUGCACCUCAUGAUCAACAAUACAAAGGCCUUCAUCCACCAUGAGCUGCUGGCCUACCUAUACUCAUCAGCAGACCAGAGCAGCCUCAUGGAAGAGUCAGCUGAGCAGGCUCAGCGGCGGGACGAUAUGCUGCGCAUGUACCACGCUCUCAAGGAAGCACUCAACAUCAUUGGGGACAUCAGUACCAGCACCGUAUCCACGCCUGUGCCCCCACCUGUUGAUGACACUUGGCUUCAGAACACCACUGGCCACAGCCCCACUCCACAGCGCCGACCUGUGUCCAGUGUGCACCCACCAGGCCGGCCUCCUGCAGUGAGGGGUCCCACACCAGGGCCUCCCCUGAUUCCUGUGCCUGUGGGGCCUGCAGCCUCCUUCUCGGCGCCCCCAAUCCCAUCCCGGCCUGGACCACAAAGCGUGUUUGCCAACAAUGACCCCUUCUCAGCACCGCCUCAGAUACCAUCUCGGCCAGCACGGAUUCCCCCUGGCAUCCCCCCAGGAGUGCCCAGCAGAAGAGCGCCCGCUGCGCCCAGCCGGCCCACCAUUAUCCGCCCAGCCGAGCCAUCCCUGCUCGACUAGGCUGCAGGGGGGCCAUGUUCUGGGGGGUCCUCGUGCACCCACAGUGCAGGAGAGUUUUGGUGGUCUGGGCCCCAUUACUGCUCCCAUGCUGGGACCAGGCUCCCUGUGGGCAACCUUUACCCUGUCCUCCCUAGCCUGGAGGACAUGACAAUGAGGGAGGUGGGGAGUCCCAGACAACACGACUUGGGGGCUUUGCACUUUGGGACAAGGGAAGAUCUCUGGUUGGCAGUAGGAACUGCAUCCUUGGGACCAUCUGGAAAGAAAGAUCCAGGCUGGUGUAGGGGAACUCUACCCCGGGGCUUCUCCACACAGACUGUAAGCCUUGUUCUUUCUUGGGGUACAGGAACUGUCCUACUUUUCCUAGGGUUCUUCAGGAGUGAGCCAGGCCCAGUAUGCUCAGUGCUGGCCGCCCACCUGGCUUAAGUUGUAUAUAUAUAUCUUCUUUGGCCAUAUUAACCACACAACCUGAGCCCAGCCCAGUCUCGACAGCCAGAGGUGCCUUUGUACCUUCCUCAGGCCUGGAGUCCCUUAGCUCUGGCCUGCUUGCCUCACUCUCCUCAGCCCAAUGUGGUUUGUGCUGUGUGAGCUGAGGAGAACAUCAGGGGUCUCUUGGCUCCCAGCCAGACGCCCCCACAGGAUGGGCGCUAGUGCAUCUGUGCAGAUCCUGAUCCCAAUGCUUGGUUUGACCACUGUUAAGUGCCUGCCUCUGUAUAUCCUAUUAAUAAACUAAAAUAAAGGGAAGCCCUGCUGGUGGUUA